GCAUCUUUGAGCGUCGCUGCAGCGCUGGACGCGCAGAAUGUCGGUUGUGCCGACACACACCUACCCUCGGAUACACGCACCUGCCGCAACAGGGAAAAAAACUACUACAUCUUUCCCUUAGAUUCUACACGUUCCAAGGGUUUGACCUCUGACCACACCACGGUGGGCAAAAUCUUGAAAACAACAACUCUGCAUUAUGAGACUAGGUAGAAGAAGUGAAGACAAAAUAUGUGAGACUGGCCUAAAGGGAUUGCGAAACACCUGUGUCCAUCAUUUGUCAUUAUUGCUAGAUCAAUGAGACAGUUGACAAUUUGGUGAAAACAUUCAUUUCUUAAUUAUUUGCACUAAAUUCUGACUUAGAAUCAUCUCCGCACAUAUUCUGCUAGAGGAAAGACUCAUUAAUUACCCGGCUGUCAGUUGUAUAAGUGACUAUGCGUAAGAAAGACCUUGGGACUGUCCCAGUUUGUUAGGUGUUGUGGGAAACAGGGCAAGAUUUCCCCUCACAGCCUGGCCCUCCAGGACUGCUGUCAUUGCUAAUGUAAUGUUUGUCAUGGCAAGUGUGACUGCUGCGGAGGAGUCGGCAAGCGACUGUACCACACCAGUAGUAAAUCCACUGCCAUUUGAACCCUCUAAAACCUCCUCAAUUGACCCUAGUCAUGGACAUGAUAGCACUUCCUGCCCUCCAGCAGUACCUCCACCACCUCCUCUACCUCCUCCACCACCACCUCCAGGCCAUCCUCAUGCUUCACGCAAGAAACGACGAGUACGGAGCUUCUUCUGGAAAACCAUUCCUGAAGAGAAGGUUCGGGGGAAACCGAAUAUUUGGACUCUAGCAGUAAGACAGCAGCAGUAUCAAAUUGAUGUGAGGACAGUGGAGGAGCUCUUCGGCCAGCAAGAGGAGGUUCGGACCCAGACAAGCAGUGGACAUCCUCGUGCUGGAAGAUCCAGAGGUUCAUUUAAAGAGAGCAAGGAUGAGAUCAGCAUCUUAGACUCCAAGAGAGGAAUGAACAUUGGAAUUUUCCUCAAACAGUUCAAGAAGUCCAAUCAUGCAAUAGUAGAAGACAUUCGUCUGGGCAACAGUAAGCAAUAUGGAGCUGAAACGCUGAAAGAACUUCUCAAACUUCUGCCUGAAGCAGAGGAGGUGAAGAGACUGAAGGAAUUCAAAGGAGACCCAAAUAAGCUGACGCUGGUUGAUUCCUUCAUGUUCCUGCUGAUUCAAGUGCCACGCUUUGAUGUGCGUAUUGAGGCCAUGGUACUUCAGGAAGAGUUCCUUCCAUCCUGUGCAGUCAUGAGUCGUGAGAUUAACAUUGUGCGUCAGGCUACUGAAGAACUAAUGACUUGUGAAGAGCUCCAUGCCAUUCUACAUUUGGUUCUCCAAGCAGGAAAUAUCAUGAAUGCAGGUGGCUAUGCAGGCAAUGCUGUGGGCUUCAAACUGUCUUCACUUCUCUCUCUGGCUGACACAAAGGCAAACAAGCCUGGCAUGAACCUGCUCCAUUUUGUUGCCCUAGAAGCACAGAAAAAGGACGAGGCCCUCUUGAAGUUCCCAGAGAAGCUAACGCAUGUUCAGAGUGCAGUCAGAAUUUCAGUAGAAAAUAUAGAAGGAGAGUUUUCCUCCCUGUAUGUCAAAACGCGUUCCUUGGAACAAAAAAUUCAGGAUGACGUUGAGCUGCAAAAGCAGCUAGAUCCAUUUUUGCAGAGCUCUAUACAAGCCUUGCAGGACCUUAAACAUCGCAGGCUGGACUUGCGGAAAGAGGGUAAUGCCCUCAUUGACUUCUUCUGUGAAGACAAAGACACCUUCAAACUGGAUGAGUGCUUUAGAAUUUUCCAAGAUUUCUGCCUAAAGUUCAAAAAAGCUGUAAAGGACAACCGGGACAGGGAACUGAAGGAGGAAGCUAGACAGCGUCGCUUACGGGAACUGGAGGAGAGACGGUGUGCCUGGGGUGCAGCCAAUAAUGAGGCAGGUGGUUUUGGUCGCAGCAGCAGCGAAAAUGAUGUUGACAUCCUAACCAAAGAAGGCCUCCUGGACUUCCUGCUUCAAUCGAGACCUCAAAGCCCCCACAGUCCUUUGGGGCGCUCAGCUAGUGCCCGACGUUACCAUCACACAGAGCUGAUAUCUGGGUCUUCAGCAAGUGACUAUACAAAAUUCAGCAGCCUGCCACGUCCAAGCAGGAACCACCAGCGAAAAACAUUGCCAUGGCUUGUCUUACAGGAUGAUAAUAGAGAGUUGGGUCCACAGAGUCAGGUUUACCAAGAGAAGCUGGCAACUUCACCAAGGGCUGAGACUGAACCCAUCAGUCCUUUAGCUAGAUACUCAAGUUUUGGCUACAACAUGAACAAUGAUCCCUACAAUAAUAAUAAUUACACUUCUCUAUCUGAAGGUGGACUUACACCUCAAUUAAGUAAUGCAAAGCAUGUCUUUCAGGGCACAUCUGGUCAAAGUGUUGGACACAUGAGUGUUUCUGUGGAGAAACACAAACUAGUUACUGGUCUUCAGCCCUUUGAGAUAACCAGCCAGAUCAAAAAUAACAGUCAUGCUUUUGUGCACAACCAGCAUGAAGUGUUUGUAACAGAUCUGGAAAGGGAAGAAAACUCUCCUCAAGCAUUUGUCCUUGAUACACCCCCAACUAGCAGGAGUUCAGAGGAACCAGAAAAAAUAUCACAUAGGGAGGAAGCAGACACAAGUACCUUUUCCUCAACAACUUGUGACACCCCGUUGCCCCUGGAUCCCUCUGUGUCCAGUAAGAAACCUGUGUUGUAUGUCAUGGACUGCACUGAAACCGAUUGUUCCAUUGUGCUGGACUGUUCUGAGAUAGAGAGUUCUCCUAUCAUACAAGAAAGAUCUGAACUUGACCCAAAGUCACAGGAUGCCAACUUUCCAAGAGUUAUUCAGGACACCAAUUCCCUUUCCUCCAAUUUUGAGUCCACCGAUUGUCACAUUGUGUCCACGUCAAGUGAUGAACCACUUUCCGGAAGGAUCACUCAAGCUAGUCCAGAAUCAGUCAGUCCAUCUGUUACUACUGAAGAAGCAGAGACAGGUAGCUGUGACACAGCUGAAGGGCGAAGAGUUGGCAAGAAAGCAGUCAAGACCGGUAGCACCAAAACAAAACUUGUCAAAACCAAGACAACAUCCAAAGUAAUUGCUCAUGCCAGUCAUCCGACAAGAACCCUCACAGCAACUGAGACUCAGAACAUGCGCAAGGUGGUGCCCAUUACAAGGCAGAAUCGCUCUAGUAGCAGCAUGAAGAAAGUCGAAAAACCUUCUGGACAUGAGAACAUUGAACCCAGACGUCCACAUCGUGACCAAAGCAUGCCAGUCAGGAGAGGCGAGAGGCAAGGUAGACAAGCGCGACAUUCAAGCCUCCCUCCAGAGGAUCCCAGGGCACAACGAGGAGCGACACCAAGCAGCUCUCGGUGGGCAAGGGAUUCGACUCAACACAGACCCUCCAUCAAGAAAACAAAUCCUAAACCUGUUCGCAACAUUUCAAAACCAGCACCAGAAGAAAAGAUGUGUCGUUCUACAAUGCGUGCCUUGGCCAAAGCUCAGGCCCAAGGAACUUCAGAAGUUGGAACACCUGACAGUCCCAACAACACCCUGAAAAGUUCUUCGCCUUUGCCUAGCUUUGCUCGCAACACUGUGGCAUCUUCUUCCAGAUCUAAAAAAGACAUGCCUUCACCAGCUGUAACAGGAACACCAUCAAAGAGCUUAGCCAGAGCUAGCUCUCAGAAAUUGCCUGGUGGUAGAACGGACUCUGUCAGUAGCGGACCUUUGCCAAGAAGCGAGGAUAAACUAGGGGGGUCUAUUAGGAGGGUUCAGAGUGUAAGGGCUUCUAGUCGAAGCAGUGACACACCUCUCCCGCAGUCUGGACGAGAGCACUCCCUUAAAAGUAGCAGUUUCUCAGAGAGAUCCACACAGAUUAGAGACUCCAUCUCGAGCAGGACCAACAAACCCACAUGGAAGUAGAGUAACACUGUGGCUCUAAAAGCAACGUUAAACAUGGAUGGUCAAAUUUUUUUGCAUAUAUUGGAAUUACUAGAGACACAAAAGCCUCUUAAAUUGUUCUGAAUGUAUCUACAGCCUUUAAAAUGUAGCUGAAGUUGUGUCGCUGGAUGCUCAGUAACAGCUUCAAGAAUAAUAUGAGCUACUUUUGACAGCACAUUUAGUAGCACUUCCACAUCCACACAAGGAUGGUUUUGAUGGCCUUUUUUCCAUAUAGCUGACACAUUAUCAACUGUCACAGAAAACACAUCAAUCACAAAUUGUAAUAGUGUUAGAUUAACCCUAUAUUUUAUUAUCUAUGUAUUAUGUCUACAAAGAUCUUGUGAGCUGUUCUUACAAAUUGUGAGAACAAAUAAAAUAGAAGACAAUUUGUCAUAUAUACAUAUGCUUGCUUUGUUAUUUUAUAUAAUGUGUACUAAAUGUAAAUGUAGUACUGUUUACUAGGGUAAUAUUUCCAUUAAAACAGCUUCAUGAACACUCAAAGAUUCAUCCACAUUUCCCAUGUGCAUGAUGACAAAUCAAGCUGAAGACUGUUUGAUGAAUGUCUAAUAAUGUUAUCCAAAUACAUCUUAGUGUAGCUGAUGCAAUGAGUACUACAGCUAGUAGUUUCGAAGAUGCCUCUCCAGUGAUGUUUUUGGAUACGUUCAAAAUCUUUGCUGCCGAGUUGCUUGUUUUCAAUUUGCCUUUUAUGCAGGGUACAUGCUGCUGUACACUGUCUUGCUGCUGAUGACACUGUAUUUGUGACUUUUCUGUGAAUAAACUGCUAGUUCUUUCUUUUUAAAGCCAUACUGUUAACCAGGAGUGGCAAAACCUGGUGCUAGAGGAAAGACUCAGACUUUUGGGAAAGCAAAUACACUGUAUGCAUCCAAUAUUCUCACAGUAUCUGCUUGAAAUAAAGUUGACAGGACCCACUUUAUAUUAAGUGGCCUUAACUACUAUGUACUUACAUUUUAAUUAAUAUUUUAGUAAAAUGUACUUAUUGUGUACAUACAUGUUUUUACAUUGUACUUAUAUUUUAAAAAAACAGUCAUGUAAUUACAUAUGUAUUAAAUUUCUGUAAUUACAUUUAUAAUUACACUGUUGACCCAUACUUUACACCUUAACCCACCCUUAAACUUACCCAUACCUCCAACCCUCUCCCUAACCUUACCCCAAUAUAGCAGCAAAAGUGUUUUACAAUUCAAUAUGAACACAAUAAGUACAUUGUACUUAUUUUUAUGUAAGUACAUAGUAGUUAAGGCCACCUAAUAUAAAGUGGGACCAGUUGACAGAUUGCUCAAAACCAACAAAUCAGUGUUAGAAUAAGUGGCAACACUUUACAAUAAGGUUCUUUAACAAUAUUUUACCUAAUUAACAUUCAUUAAUGUAUUAUAAAUAAACAUGAAUGAACGAUGAACAAUAUUAAUCAAUUAAUAUGAACCUACUGUAGAUUAAUAAAUGCAAAGCUAUAAAAAUUGUUGUUCAUUGUUAGUUUUAGAUACCUAAUGCAUUAAUUAGAAUGAAGAGAACUAGAUGCAUUAACAAACCAAACUACAUUGUAAAGUGUUACCGGUUAAGCAUAAUUUAGUGGUGAUUAAUACAGUGGUAAAAGAUGUGCAAAUAUGAAGUAUUUGGUGCACAGGAAGGCUUUUUACAUGCUUUUACCCUUAUAUAUGUGUGUCUACUCCUUCUCAAGCACCCACCAUGUUGGUGAGGAAGUGUAUAAAUGAUAUACUCAAAAUAGAAUGGAUAAGUUUGAAAAAAUAAAUAUAUUUAAUAUAAAUAUAAAUACAAAAAAAAGUGUGAAUAGGUAAACAAUAAUAGACUUUUGUCAGCUGAUGAAAUCAAUACUUAUGUCAGACUAUGACAACAUCCUUAUUUCUACCUCUAGAAUCAUAUUUGCCACCUCUGGUUCUUACAUUCUGAUGGCUCACUCGUCAAGUGAAUCAUUGGCUUUUCACAAAGUUCUGCAGGUGUACCUCAGUUACAAUGUACAAUGCUUUUUUUUUUUCUUAGAAGGGUAUAUGUAUUGGCAUACUGUAUCUGUAUAUUUAGCGCUGAUUGGUUAACAUGCUUUAGAAUGCAUCCAUGGCAACAUGAUCUAGUCUGACACAAUGGAAUCCUUGUUCCAGCUGUAGAUAGGGGUUUACCAAAAAAAAAAAAAAAAAAAGCUAGCAAAAUUUGGAGCAAAAUCAUUUUAAGCUAUAGCUUGAAAUUAAACCUUAUGUGCAUUUGUCCAGUCAGACAGUUGGGCAUAUAUGCCAAUGUGUUGUACCUUUUAUUGAUAUUGCUUGAAUUUUCUAUUUUGAAUGUUAUUUCUGAGCCCUGUUCUCUGUGGUUGUAGAAUUACAAUCAAUAUAAGCUAAUCAAUAAAAUAUAUGUGAAAAUA